AUGGGUGGCAAAAAGAUGCGCAACUUAUCGUACAAAAAGGCUGUGAGAAGACAAAAGAGUCUUGAACAGAGCAUUCAGUCUGCCCAGGAGACCGACAAAACCCUCCGCUUAAUCCAAGAGUCUCUCACCGUUAUUGACAAACAGCUAACAGCCUACACUGCAGACAGAGUUGAUGCAGCACAAGUCCCUCAGGAAGCACAGAAAAUACAAUCUGAAUUAACAAGCCAUGAGAUUAGUUUGGAAGAAAUGAAGAAACGAAACCGGGGUAAAGAUGCUGCCAAAAGAGUGCUUUCCCAAAUUGAUGUGGCACAGAAAAAGCUGCAGGAUGUCUCCAUGAAGUUUCGCUUAUUUCAGAAACCAGCCAACUUUGAACAGCGCCUUCAAGAAUGUAAAAGAAUUUUAGAUGAAGUGAAGUUGCAGGUGCCCAAGUUGGAGAUGAAGAGUGUUGAGCAGGAAGUAGUACAAUCACAGUUGGAUCAUUGCAUGAAAUUAUAUAAAAGCCUAAGUGAGGUGAAGUCCGAAGUGGAAACAGUGAUAAAAACUGGGAGGCAGAUUGUUCAAAAGCAGCAGACAGAGAACCCAAAAGAACUGGAUGAAAGGCUUACAGCUUUGAAGUUGCAGUAUAAUGAAUUGGGUGCAAAGGUGACAGAAAAAAAGCAAGAGUUAGAGAAAUGCUUGAAAUUGUCCCGGAAGCUAAGAAAAGAAAUUAAUGCUGUGGCAGAAUGGCUUGCAGCGACAGAUGCAGAAUUGACAAAGAGAUCAGCUGUGCAGGGGAUGCCUAGCAAUUUGGAUGCUGAAAUUGCCUGGAGCAAGGCAACACGGAAGGAGAUUGAGAAACGCCAGGUCCAUCUUAAGAGCAUCAGUGAUUUAGGAGAGAAUCUGAAGACAGUGCUGAAAGGAAAGGAAAGUCUAGUGGAAGAUAAACUCAGCCUCUUGAACAGUAAUUGGAAAGCAGUAACUUCACGUGCUGAGGAAUGGUUCAAUCUGUUAUUGGAAUAUCAAAAGCACAUGGAGGCUUUUGAUCAGAAUGUAGCUAAUGUCACAACUUGGAUGUAUCGUGCUGAAAUACUGUUGGAUGAAUCUGAUAAACAAAAGCCCCAGCAAAAAGAGGAAACUCUUAAGCGCUUAAAGGCUGAGCUGAAUGAUAUGCAUCCAAAGGUGGAUUCUGUGUGUGACCAGGCAGUAGACUUGAUGACAAACCGUGGAGAUCACUGCAGGAAAAUAAUAGAGCCCAAACUGUCAGAGCUUAACCAGCGAUUUGCAACUAUAUCACAAAGAAUUAAGAGUGGAAAGCCCUUCAUUCCUUUGAAGGAAUUGGAGCAAUUUGAUUUCGAUAUACAAAAAUUGCUUGAGCCACUGGAGGUUGAAAUUCAGCAGGGGGUGAAUCUGAAAGAGGAGGACUUCAAUAAAGAUAUGAGUGAAGAUGACGAGAGCACAGUGAAAGAAUUGCUGCAAAGGGGCGACACGCUUCAAAAGAGAAUCACAGAUGAGAGAAAACGGGAGGAAAUAAAGAUAAAACAGCAGCUGUUGCAGACUAAACAUAAUGCUCUCAAGGACUUGAGAUCUCAAAGAAGAAAAAAGGCUUUAGAGAUUUCUCAUCAAUGGUAUCAGUACAAGAGGCAGGCUGAUGACCUAAUGACAUGGCUGGAUGAUAUUGAGAAAAAGUUAGCCAGUCUACCAGACCACAAAGAUGAGCAGAAGCUAAAGGAGAUUGAUGGAGAAUUGGAGAAGAAGAAGGAAGAUCUGAAUGCGGUGCACAGGCAGGCUGAACGCUUGUCUAAGGAUGGGGCUGCAAAAGCAGUGGAGCCAACCCUGAUACAGCUCAGCAAGCGCUGGCGAGAUUUUGAGAGCAAAUUUGCUCAGUUUCGAAGACUCAACUAUGCACAAAUUCAAACAGUUCAUGAAGAUACAACAUUUGUGGUGACUGAAACUAUGACUGUGGAAACCACUCAUGUGCCUUCUACAUACCUGGCAGAGAUCCUUCAGCUUCUGCAAGCCUUGUCUGAAGUAGAAGAACGCCUUAAUUCUCCUGUUCUACAGGCUAAGGAUUGUGAGGAUCUCUUCAAACAAGAAGAGUGUCUCAAGAGUAUUAAAGAUAGCCUGGGGAGACUGCUGGGUCGUAUAGACAUUAUUCACAACAAGAAGAUACCGGCUUUGCAAAGUGCUACACCAAGGGAAGCAGCAAAUAUACAAGAAAAGCUAACUCAGCUUAAUUUCCAAUGGGAGAAAGUUAACAAGAUGUACAGGGACCGACAGGCACGAUUUGACAAAUCUUUGGAAAAGUGGCGACUUUUUCAUCGUGACAUGAAGAUCUUUAAUCAUUGGCUGACUGAAACUGAAGAGAAGCUGUCGAGAGCACAGGUUCCUGAAAACUGGCAUCAUACUCGUUACAAGAAAAUCUGGUACCUCAAAGAGCUUCAGGAUGGCAUUGGGCGACAGCAAACUGUUGUCAAAACAUUGAACGUAACUGGUGAAGAGAUUAUUGAGCAAUCAUCAACAGCAGAUGCUAAGGUGCUGAAGGAACAACUGGAAAGUUUGAAUACCCGGUGGCAGGAGAUCUGCAGACAGCUGGUAGAGAAAAAGAAGAGGUUAGAGGAAGAAAAGACUAUUUUAUCAGAAUUUGAAGAGGACUUGAACAAGUUGAUUUUAUGGUUAGAGGAAGCAGAAAACAUUAUUGGUAUUCCCCUAGAACCAGGGAAUGAAGACCAGUUAAGAGACUGCCUUAGCAAAGUAAAGUUAAGAGUUGAAGAGCUGCUGCCACACAAGGGAAUACUGAAACGAUUAAAUGAAACCGGAGGAAUAGCACUUGGAAGUGCAUCACUGAACCCAGACAAAAAACAUAAGCUUGAGAGUACACUCAAGGAGGCUAACCACCGCUUGUUAAAG